UCUCUCUCUGGGCAAUUCGAUGCUUAGACCUUUAAAGACCUCCUCCGUGUGAUACUUUCUUAGUCUGGAGAAGGUUGCCGAAGGAAGUGUCAUAUGUGCUCUCCUCUCCGAAAUGCACGUGAACUGUUCGUGAAAAUUCCCAAAAGGAUUUCUCUUUUCCGAACCUCAACACGCGCCUUACUUCACAACUCGUCAUGGCAAAACCACUCUUCUCUUCAAGAACUAUAUGUUUCUGUGGAAGACGAAAAUGUGGUGUCGUGGACGGCGCAAAUAUCCCAUUUGGAGAGGGAAAACCAGCCAGAGCAAGCAAUUGGGCUCUUCAAAACAAUGCUUAUGAGGGAUCAAAAACCAAAUUUUGUCACGGUUUUGAGCGUUAUACGAGCAAUUGGUCAAUUGGGUUCCAAAAACAUGGCUAGUAUGAUUCAUGGUUUCGCCAUAAAAUUGGGAUGUGAUUCAGAACUACCCUUAGUAACGGGACUCCUCGGGGCUUACUCUUCUGGUUGGGAUAUUGGAGCUGUUAGGAUACUGUUUGCUCUGACCCCAAACAAAGAUGUAAUUUUAUGGAGUGCAAUGGUUUCGGCGUGUGUAAAGAAUGAGGAGUAUGUGGAGGCCUUGAAUAUUUUUAGAAAAAUGCAAAGUUGCGGUGUGCAACCAAACCGUGUGAGCAUUGUUACUGUGCUUCCCGCAUGCGCUAAUCUUGGUACUUUGUGGUUAGGGAAAGAAAUUCAUGGUUUUUCUAUUAAAAGAGACUUCAAUUCUCAUAUUAACCUGCAGAAUUCACUUGUCGAUAUGUACGCAAAGUGCAGACUUUGGAGUUACUCAGUGCAAGUUUCCAGCAGCAUGCAAACAAAGGAUGUUGUUUCUUGGAGGAGUAUGAUAUGCGGAUCUAUCACGAAUGAAGGUCCAGCAAGGACUUUGAUUUUGUUCUCGCAGAUGCGAUCUUCUUGUGUUGAAGUUGAUGUCAAUACUGUUCGUGUAAUAAUAGUAGCAUCUUCACAGUUGGAGGAGAUUAAAGUUGGACUUGGACUGCAUGGACUUGCUCUGAAGAUGGGAUACGUGGAAGAUAUAUCGCUCAUGACUGCAAUUCUUCAAAUGUAUGCUAACUUUGGGGAAAUUGGGUCAGCAAAGACCUUGUUUGAUUACCUAGACAAUAAAGAUCUUAUUGCUUGGAGUGCAAUGAUCGCAGCUUAUGUCCAAAAUGAACAACCUUUUGAUGCUUUCAAAGUGUAUAGACAGAUGCAAUCAGCUGGUGAGAAGCCUAAUGAGGUCACUUUUCUUAGUUUACUGCAAUCUUGCUCCUCCAUGACAGCUCAGGAAAUUGGAGAAAGUAUACAUGCAUAUCUCUUAAAGGCUGGAUAUAUGUUGAAUGCAUUUGUGACAUCUGCAUUAAUCGACAUGUAUUGUAAGUUUGGAAGAACAAGGCAAGGAGUGGCUCUUUUUGAUGAAAAUCAUAGCAGAGAUCUUGUAUGUUGGAGCUCGAUGAUCAAUGGAUAUGGGAUUAAUGGAUUGGGAGAGGAGGCUCUUCAUUGCUUUUCAAACAUGUUGCAUUGUGGAGUAAAACCCAAUGAAGUGGUUUUCAUUUCUCUUCUGGCUGCUUGUAGCCAUUGUGGCCUUGAAUAUGAGGGUUGGAGCUGGUUUUAUGCAAUGGGAGAGAAAUUUGGCAUAACUCCAAAACUUGCACAUUAUGCCUGCAUGGUGGAUAUGCUUAGUCGUCAAGGGAACGUUGAAGAAGCUUUUGAAUUCGUGAAGAAGAUGCCCAUCAAUCCUGAUAAACGGAUAUGGGGAGCAAUUCUUGCUGGCUGUAGAGAAACUUGUGGAUCUUCUGAAGUAUCAGAAAUAGCAGCCAGGCAACUUCUUAGUUUGGACCCGGAGAAUGCCAGUUAUCAUGUAUUUCUAUCGAACUUAUAUGCAGAACAAGGCAGGUGGAAAGAGGCAGCAAAGUUGAGAGAAUUGGUGGAUUCAAGGGGAUUGAAGAAAGAGAUCGGUCAUAGUAUGAUUUAAUGCACAUACAUACUGAUGGAGGGAAACCAACCUACUAUGUAAUUCUUGAGUGCAGAGAUCAAGUUCACCAAAGUAAAACAUCUAGAGGUACAAUUUUCUGUGCUGCAGGUCACGAAGAAGUUUUCUGGAACGAAAAAUUUACAUUUGAAUUGCCAGAGCGGGGAACGGACGACGAGAUCUACCUCAAACUUAAAAUCAUGGAUGAAGAAUUUUUCUCACGUGGUGCAUUUGUAGGCCAAACAACGUACAGAAAAUUCAACUGCCUGGAAAACAAUUUCCUAAAAUUUUGCACUCUACCCCAUGAUUCUCAUUAGUUCUUCUUUUUAAGCUUCUCUUGUUUCAACAAUGUCUAAGUUAAAUCAGGAUAACUUUCCAAGUCUGUGUUAUAUUGCACCAUGAGGGAAAAAUGAUUAUACCAUCAUAAACUACUAAAUUAUUUGUAUUACUAAGUCACCCUAUUUUGCAUACCACAUGUAGUGACCUGUUAAUUAUAUGUGCUAAUUUGCUGUUCUUUAGUAUCUUCCUCAAAGGUAUAAUCGUGGAGGGGAAAGACAAAGGAAUCAUAGAAGUGAAACCAGCUCCAUACAAUGUUGUUCUUGAUGAUGACACUUUUAAAGGGCAGAUAAGUAUCGGACUCAAAUACUCUGCAAAUGCUGCAAAUCUUAAAAUACAACAAAUAGAGAGAAGGCAAGGUGAAGCGGAUGAGAAUGGAGAGAAGGGAUCAGUUGGCCUCUCCAUAUGCAGUUCUAUAGCAACUUUCUGGCGAAAUCCCUGGUGGAGGUUCUUGUUUCGCUCUAAGAAGUCAAAAUCCAGAGAGAAACAGAAACGAAACUAAUUAGGGCGUUGCCAUGCUUUGGAAUCCAGCUUAAUCAUGUGAUGCACCAAGUCAAGGAGAAAAUUAUACACGCUAAACUCCUAAAGGAUCUGAUUUUGUGUCCAUGUUUUAGAUCCAUUAACAAUCAGAUCAGCUAAUGCUUUCCUCAGGAGGGGAAAAAAUUUGCUAAUGCUUUAAAUGUCUGUUUAUUAUUCCGAAAAAUAGUGUCAUAAUCACUUGGACAAGUUCUUCUUGCUUUCGGUCAACUGUGUUGCAGCAUAUUCAAUCUAGUAGUGAAUAGAAGUUUCUAAUGCUCCCUCUUUUUGGUCUA